CUGGACGUUGUAACACGAAAAUCCAACAUGGCGAAUCGGUCGAUUUCCAAAAGACCUACAAAUAAAUGGUCGAUUGACUUGACUAGUCGGUGAGAUCGUGAACAUUAUUUGUAGUAAUCAUUUCUUUAUUAUAUGUUCUAACAUUCUUGUGUCAUUUUAACUCGUUAGGCCGCGAUAUAUACAGUUCGUUCAACACAGUGAUUUGCCUUCUCCACCUGGAUUCAAAAGAGAAAACCAGUCCCAGCAUGUGGUGGGUAUCUUGAUAAAAGUUCACUCUUUAGUGAUAAAUUAGGCUAAAUCUUGCUUGUGCGGUUGGAAUCAAAGAUCUGAGAAGAAGUGAACCGUUUGGAAAUUAAGAAGGAGUUGUUGUUAAUUUUAAAAUUAACUGUCUCCAUUACUUUUUUUUUUUUUUUACAGGAGUCCCGAGAAGCCAACAGCACCCAUUUAGUAGCCAAGGUAUUUCUUUUCUUAGACCGUAGAAACCCCUCCCUUUUUCGGUAAUUAGAAGGUUCAUAAGGUUGUUCAAUUGACGGAAUCAAUAAUAUAAUAAUAUUCAACGUGACUGUAAGCUUACACAGGUUUGAAAAUGCCAGCUGGCUGCCUGGCCUGCUAUUUUCAAGUAUCAUCAUAGAGCUGACAUGGUAAUCAGUCAAGUCGACCAAACAUCAUCUUGCCUAAAGUUUUGUCCAUUGGGCCAUUGGCACGUUGGUAUCUUUUUUAUAUUUAAUCCCAGGGAGGUUUGAAACAACAAAAGCUCUAACUACAGUGUACUACUAUAUAUCUGGUUACAAUUGACGUACAGCUGUAUCAAAGAAGAGAAGUGUGAUGUCACAAAAACUCCACUUUUUGAAAUUUAUGGGAUGGGUUGGUAUAUUCAGAAAGAUCAAGAUGAAAAAAGCCCCCUUGCCAAAAAUCAGCCUGUUAGUGGAAAUUGGUGAGAAGAUAUAAACACCCAUUUGCUCUGAUGACUCCAUACAAAUCAUCCUAAAGUUGGCUUGGAUCUUAAAGUUAACAAUCCGGGCCUAUUUUAGAAGGGUUUAUAUGGAGUCAUCGCAGCAUAUUGUUGAUUAUAUCUCCACACCAAUUUGCACCGUCUGAACAGGCUGAUUAUUAGCAAGUGAACAUUUUUCAUCGUGUUCUUUCUGUAUACCGGUAUAUUAUGUCAACCAAUCCCAUAAUUUUUCAAAUUUAAUUUUUGUGACAUUAUCACUUCUCUUUUCUGUGCUGGGAAUAACCCUGGGAUAAACUACCUUCCCAUCCAGGGGAGAAGCUAUGUCACAAGAUUGAUGUUGUUGUUUUAGGUCAAUUACUUAGUGUCUUUAUCUGUAUAUUAAAAUGCUCCUGCAGACCUAUGGAGGAGAAAUCAAACAAAUUUGCUGGUAGACAGGGAGCACUGGCCAUUAUAACUUUGUUGUUUAUUUUUGCAAGCAUUUGAAAAAGUUUGCCCAAUUUUUUUCCAGUAUUAAACCAUAGCCAUCCUUCCUAUCUAUAGCAAAAGAUGCCAGGAAACAGUUUCAGUCACUAAACAUAAUCAUAGCAACAGAACAGGAAUGUCAGUUGAUGAUGGUGCACGCAAAUUAAACAACUGGCUUGACCAAUGGCAGAGCAGUAAAUUGGGCACUGGAAGUCGUGCUUAGUCUUUUCUGCGCACGUUCACGUCGUCAAGUGACGUUCCUGUCCUGAUGCUAAAACAGCCUAUUGAAUCAACAAAACUGGACUCUUAUUUUUGUGACUCAAUUGAUGCAAGGACAUGUUUUAGCUUUUUACAAAGAUGGCAAAUAGCAUAACAUAUCCCCUUUAGGAUUAAGCUGUGUGGGCCUCCAAUCUGGCAUAUGGCUUGUGUGUGCCUUCACCUGUUGAACAAAUUUGUAUGAACUCUGCAAAAUGAUUCAUAGAUGCAUUACUUCUGAGAUUUUUUCAUUGAGAAUAUUUUGCUCUUAUUUUCAGAAAUCAUGGGAUAUUGCACUUGGACCAUUCAAACAGAUUCCAAUGAAUCUAUUCAUCAUGUACAUGGCUGGUAAUUCCAUCUCCAUAUUUCCAAUCAUGAUGGUUGGGAUGAUGUUCCUCAGGCCUGUCAAGGCUCUCCUCGCCAUCAAAUCAAGUGAGUGGCCUAUGAAUGCCAGAUUGGAGGCCCUGUCAGGGGAAAUUCCCGCAUGGGACAUGGCCUCAAAACAGUGACACAGAACAGCAGAAAUGGCCAUAAAUGACACAAAGAUUGGUUGAAAGUGUGACAGCGACAGAGAGAAGCGCAAAUACUAACAAUAGUAAAUACUGACAGUGAGAUGGCUUUCUCCUCAAUAUGCAAAAUGACUGGUUUUGAAAUUCAGACCAGGGACAUAAAUACCUCCCCCAUCUCAAAGACAAGAAAAAAGACUCUCUUACAGCCUUUUAAGAAACCUUCAUUGACCAUACUUGUUUGGCCAAGAUGGCUGGAUAUUGGCCUCUAUCCUUUUCUCAUUUAUCAAUAUCGUCUCAGUACUUUAAAAAAUACUUGGUCAAUAUCAUGCCAGUUUGGUUUCAUGCUUAAUCUGUAGCGCAUAUACAUGUAUCCUAGAAGCCUGUGGAAGGAAGAUUAACUUCAUGGCUGUGCCUUUUACAUAUACAGUUAAACCCCAUUGAUACAGACACUUAGGGGGCCAUAGAGAGUGUCCGUGUUAAUGGUGUUUCUCGUUAAGCGAGUUGAAUUUAGAGAAAAUGUAUGGGCUUUCUUUCCCAAGGGACAAGGAAAAUUGUUCGUAAUAUUGAGGUGUCUGUAAAGCAGAGUUUGACUGAAUGAAACUACAAGGGCCAACAAUGUUCUCAUUGUACUUUGCAGCUUUUGUAUCCAUAGAGGGAGAGCAUGAUAAUGCCAUGCAGCAGAAGUUCUUUUACCUCCUUGGAAACCUGUCCUUAGUUGCAUUAGCACUGUAUAAAUGCCACUCAAUGGGGCUUCUACCGACUGCCACAUCAGACUGGCUGGCAUUCAUGGAGCACAAGGCGGUAAGAACACUGUACAUUUUUGUAUCAUUUAAAAUUGUGUGAGGCUAUGUUCAUACGGUGCCAGAUGAAUUUUCUUUGGUACACUAUGUUCAUACAGCACUGUUACAUAUUUACGCUUAGUUCACACAGAACUUUGAACGGUUAGGCAUCUAAAUUUUUGUACGGUUAAGGUGGUUCCAUUUAGAGGGAACACCUAUAUGUACAAAUUUUCAUCGCUCAAAACCGGUCUGGUGCCGUGUGAUUUUCUUCGGCACACUAUGUUCAUACAGCACUGUUACAUAUUUACGCUCUGUUCACACAGAACUUUGAAUGGUUAGGCAUCUAAAUUUUUGUACGGUUAAGGUGGUUCCAUUUAGAGGGAACACCUAUAUGCACAAAUUUUCAAUCGGUCAAAAUCGGUCUGGUGCCGUGUGAACCUAGCCUGACAUUUUAAUUUAUUUACAUUAGAUUAAUAAUAGGUUAUUAAAAAAUAAAUACUCGUAUAUAAAGCCGAACAUUCUUAUUUGGUUCUUUUGCAGAGACUUGAGUUUAGUGGUGGUGGAUUCAUUCUUUAGUAUCCAGCCAACAUUAACAAAAUGAGAUGUUCUAGGUCCAUUUUUAUCUUCUUUACAUGUUACAGUCAAAGAAGUUAUUAAGCACUCAAAUGGAGCAGAGCAAACCAACAUUAAAAUGUAAAUGCUAGGUAUGGCAUAGAAUAAAGAACAAGCGAGUUGAGAGUAAGAAACAGUUUCCUACUACUCUUUUUGCCUUUUUCUAUUGCCUCAGGAUUGUCACACAGGCGAUUAGUGUUCUUUGUGUGAGUUAGCAGGGGGAAUGGGGAUUUUCCUUGCUCGCUCCUUCAUAAAAGCCCUUGUGACAAUCCUGAGGGACUGCUAGCAGUCUAGCUAAAAGGAGAUCGGUAGCCAUACAUUAAAAUCUCAAAACAAGAUUCCCAGGGUUGAUUCAUUGAGUGAGUUGUUAUGAUAUAGCCCACAAAGAAAAUAUCUAAGUGUACAAAUUUAUGUAAGUAAAUCUCAGCAAGUGGUCAACAUUGGCAGGUAACAGUGUACUGUUACCCUUUGAUGUCUUAGAUUUUGUAAUGUUGCCGACUCAGAGACUUUUGGCUGAAAAAAGUAAGUUAGAAUCACGUCUUGUGGCCUCAAAGUAACCAAUGCAGGUUGCAAAGGAAGUCUGUUUUACAGCCUGCUAUUCGGGCAAGCUGUAUCUAGCAUUUAAUAGCCCACAAGUCAUUUCAACUAGCCCCUAAAUCCUUUUUGAUUAGCAGGGUUGAUUACAAUCCUUCUGUAGUUUGAAUUUCCCCCCAAAACAGCACUUGCUUGUUAGGCAAGUUUAGAACAAACAUCACUAGCCCAAUAGCAAAAUCCACUAGCCUUGGGCUAUCAGACACGACUUUCUUUGCACGCUGCAAUGAGAGCACAUGCUGUAGGAGAAAAAAUUCCUGCUAGUAUAUAACAACGUACAAUGAAUGCAAAUGCUCAUUUCUUUUUGCCCAGACUUUCUCUGGUUUUAGUGUUGAAUGACAUAUAAUAAAAACAGCUUUGAUGAAAAACACUUAAAUAAAGUCUAUGUACAUGUAAAUAAUCUAACAGUUCAAGUACUUUGUCAAUCUGUG